AACCCCUACAGCAGUUUCCCUGUCGCCGACUAUCCUCGAUUCACGGAGAAUCGGCGCCGGUGGGAGUGCCAACCCCACGGUUAACCCUUGCGCAUACUGACAUCAGGCAGUAACUGCAGGAUACCACCUUGUCGCCUAAACCUCCACAACCCCUCUCGAGCGUUUAGCCAAACAUCCACCAUGUUCAAAGUCGGAGACGAUUUCGAAAAGCUCCAAGCCUCCCGGCCCGAGUUCAAGCGUGACGUGCCCGUUACUUUCUCGCAGCCGCCGAACCCCAGCUGGAAGCAGGGAGAGGGCGCCAACGAUGGCGGUGAGAGCCUGAAAAAGAACCACAUCGAGAUCGAUCCCUACGAGGAAGGGCGACCGGCUGCCUCCAACUAUAAGCUGCUGAUCUCGGGCAUCGUCCCUCGUCCGAUCGCGCUCAUGAGCACAAAGUCCAAGGAUGGAAAGACAACAAACUUGGCGCCGUUCAGUUAUUCGAAUGUCAUCAACCAUGACCCUCCGCUCUUCACGGUCGGAAUUGUUGGCUCCCUAGAAAAGGCCAAAGACACAUUGAAGAACCUGGCGGAGACGGGCGAGUGUGUGAUCAACAUCAUUUCGGAGCAUUUCGUCGAAGCUGCCAAUGCAACAGCCAUUAACGCUCCCUACGGAGUCUCCGAAUGGGAAGUUUCCGGGCUCACCCAAGCACCUUCUGCCGUGGUUCAGGCGGCCCGUGUGAAAGAGUCCAUCCUGGCGAUUGAAGGCAAGCUGGUGGAAACCAAGGAAUUCGAGAGCCGGUCUACGCCCGGCAAGAUAUCCGGAGUGCUGGCGAUCAUUGAGGGUGUUCGUUUCUGGGUGAGAGAAGAUGCGAUCAACGAAGACAAGAGCAUUGUCGACCUGAAGGUGCUGAAGCCUAUUAGUCGGCUGGGAGGCAUUUCGUACGGGCGGACCACCGACGCGAUUGAAAUCCCAAGACCGCAGUUCUAGAUUCGGCUUAGAUCCUGGCCGUUGCGAUAAACUAGUGACCGUGGUACCUCGCUUCGAGACAGUGAGGGGCCGUUGAAAGCUCCGUAUAGCCUCGGUUCAUCGUAUACAACUAGAAUAGUCAACUCGAAUAUUUAGAAGAUAGAUUUAGUCAGUUAGAGAGUUUGGAAUAGA